UGGAAUGUGCAGAUGCCGAUAACAUAAAUAUGAAAUUACGAAAGAGCAGAUUGCAGAUUCUGAAACGCCUGGCGUUGUACGCCAAUAAAACACCUGUAGAGGUCAAACUUGACCGAUUUUGGGGAUUUAAGGCUGAAAAACCAAAACGAAAGAAGACACGUAACAAACGUUUAUUAUAUGAAUCGCAAACUCACCCUAGUGCUACCGCUGAUAUAGAUGAUGUUUUCGCAUCUAUAGACAAUAACCAAGAACAGGAUAGUGACGCAGAUGCGCCAAUAGAAGUGCAGCCAGUUGACAAAUCUAUUCCUAAUAGGCGCAAACCUUGGGAGCCCGAUCCAGAAGUUAAAAAACAAAAGGAGGCUUUUAAAAAUGCUGUUAAAGAAAUACGAAACCUAGUUUAUCCACACCUCGAUUCUAUCGCAAAACGUCAAUACGACAAUGCUAAAUUGGUAGCAUUGGGAGGAAAGGUUGCUAAAAAUCGCAAGAUGCCAUACAAUGAAUUUUUGCAAAGGUCUAGAGCCCUCAAGCGCAAUAUAGAAAAGAAACAGCGACUGGAAAAGGAGCUUGGUGUAAAGUGUUUCUUUGAAACUAAAGGAGGCGCUAGGUUUGCAGAGAUAGAGAAGAAAAAACAGAGGAAGCAACGUAAGGAAACAAGAUCACCGCUUGAUCAUAUCGAUAAUAAUGGUGUCUACCAUUUAAAGAAAACUUGGUGACAUAAUUUCAGUUAUUAUAGCAUUA